AUGGGUAGAUUUGGACGAAUUGACUACGCAAUCAACAACGCGGCGACCGCUGCGCCGCUCGUGCCAACGGGCGAAACAACCAUCGAAGAUUUUGAAAGAAUCCAAAAAAAUCAAUUUAAGAAGUACUUGGCUCUGCGAGAGGGAAGAAUUGAAGUCUAUGGUGAAGCAAGCGCCGUUGGAGACUCUCAAUGGCAGGGCUCCUACCAAGGGUUCAUUGAUACUCCGUUGGUGACACCUGCAAUCCGGAUGUUGCUUGCUCCACAAAUUGAAAAGACUCCCAUGGGCCGAUUGGCAAAUCCGCAAGAGGUAGCCGAAGCGGUGGUCUAUCUGUUAAGCGACAGAGCAAGCUAUGUCACAGGCUCGGUGCUGUCGGUGAGUAGCAUUCAUACAACACCCAAGCCGAAGUUGAUCCAGAGACAGGUUGAUGGAGGUUACAGUGCACAGUAA